CCCGGUUCUCCUCGCACCACAGCCUUAUCCACGACUCAGAGCGGAACCUGAAGUGCCAGUAGUACCAUGUCCAGGCCAACGGGGGGCGGUGUCAACGAUGUCACCCGCUUCCUGUCAUCGGGGGCGGCGCCAGGGUCUCCCACGUCCAACUCCAUGUUCUCUGCCGCCAGCCAGGCCGACUGGGCGGCCAAGAGGCUGGUGUGGGUGCCAUCAGAGAAGCAUGGCUUUGAGUCGGCCAGUAUUCGGGAGGAGCGCGGCGACGAGGUGGAGGUUGAGCUUACAGACAGCCAGCGGAAGUUGACUCUGUCCAGGGAGGAGGUGCAGCGGAUGAACCCUCCUCGCUUCAGUAAAGUGGAGGACAUGGCCGACCUGACCUGCCUCAACGAAGCCUCCGUGCUUCACAACCUUAGAGAGAGAUACUUCUCCGGUUUGAUCUAUACAUAUUCAGGAUUGUUCUGCGUGGUGGUGAACCCUUACAAGAACCUGCCCAUCUACACAGAGUCCAUCGUGGAGAUGUACCGGGGCAAAAAACGCCACGAGAUGCCACCGCACAUCUAUGCCAUAUCAGAGGCUGCCUAUCGCAGCAUGCUGCAAGACCGAGAAGAUCAGUCAAUCCUCUGCACGGGCGAAUCUGGAGCUGGGAAAACGGAGAACACUAAGAAAGUCAUCCAGUAUUUGGCUCACGUUGCUUCCUCCCAUAAGAGUGGCACUCUGGGUAGGAACAAGGAAGCUGUGCAGGGUGAGCUGGAGAGACAGCUGCUGCAGGCCAACCCCAUACUGGAGGCCUUCGGCAACGCAAAGACAGUCAAGAACGACAAUUCUUCUAGAUUUGGUAAAUUCAUCCGCAUUAAUUUUGAUGUGGCGGGGUACAUCGUUGGUGCCAACAUUGAGACCUACCUCCUUGAAAAGUCUCGGGCCACCCGUCAGGCCAAAGAUGAGAGGACGUUCCACAUCUUUUACCAGUUGUUGUGUGGAGCUUCAGAGGAAACAAGAGCGGACCUGCUCUUAGGAACGGCUGAUGAGUACCGCUUUCUCAGUGGAGGCUCCAUCCCUGUUCCUGGUCAGAGCGAUUCAGAGAACUUCACCCAGACCAUGGACUCUAUGGCGAUAAUGGGCUUCACCCCAGAAGAGUUGCUAUCCAUGCUGAAGUUGAUCUCAUCCGUGCUCCAGUUUGGGAACAUUUCUUUCAUGAAGGAGAAGAACCAGGACCAGGCCUCCAUGCCUGAUAACACAGCUGCUCAGAAACUGUGCCAUCUGCUGGGCAUCAACGUGCUGGAGUUCACUCGGGCCAUCCUCACUCCCAGGAUCAAAGUGGGUCGAGAGUAUGUGCAGAAAGCCCAGACUAAAGAACAGGCUGACUUUGCUGUGGAGGCUUUGGGGAAGGCCACAUAUGAGCGUCUGUUCAGAUGGUUGGUGCACAGGAUCAACAGAGCUCUGGACCGCAGACAGAGACAGGGAGCCUCCUUCAUAGGGAUCCUUGAUAUCGCUGGAUUUGAGAUCUUCCAGCUCAACUCCUUUGAGCAGCUGUGCAUCAACUACACCAAUGAGAAGCUGCAGCAACUCUUCAACCACACCAUGUUCAUCCUGGAGCAGGAGGAGUACCAGCGGGAGGGCAUCGAGUGGAACUUCAUUGACUUUGGCCUGGACUUACAGCCCUGCAUUGACCUCAUUGAGAGACCGGCCCACCCACCUGGUGUUCUGGCCCUGCUGGAUGAAGAGUGCUGGUUCCCCCGGGCGACAGACCGCUCAUUUGUGGAGAAGCUGUCUGCUGAGCAAGGCAGCCAUCCAAAAUUCUUCAAAUCAAAGCAGCCACGUGGGGAGGCUGACUUCUCAAUCAUUCACUAUGCUGGAAAGGUGGACUAUAAGGCAGAUGACUGGUUGGUAAAGAACAUGGAUCCUCUGAACGACAACGUGGCGUCUCUGCUCCACCAGUCAUCAGAUCAUUUUGUCUCAGAGCUCUGGAAGGAGGUGGACAGGAUCGUGGGUCUGGACCAGGUGUCGUCAGGAGAGAACAGCGGGCCCGUCACAUUCGGAGCGGCAGGUCUGAAGACGAAGAAGGGAAUGUUCAGGACCGUUGGUCAGCUUUACAAAGAGUCUCUCACUAAGCUGAUGGCCACACUGAGGAACACCAACCCAAACUUCCUCCGCUGCAUCAUCCCCAACCACGAGAAGAGGGCCGGUAAGCUGUCUCCCCAUUUGGUUUUGGACCAGCUGAGGUGUAAUGGAGUUCUGGAGGGGAUCCGUAUCUGCAGACAAGGCUUCCCUAACCGCAUCCCAUUCCAGGAGUUCAGACAAAGAUAUGAGAUCCUGACUCCUAAUGCUAUUCCUCGCACCUUCAUGGAUGGCAAACAGGCAUCAGAACUCAUGAUCAGCGCUUUGGAGCUCGAUCACAACCUGUUCAGGGUGGGUCAGAGCAAAGUCUUCUUCAGAGCCGGAGUCCUGGCUCACCUGGAAGAAGAGAGAGACUUGAAGAUCACUGACACCAUCAUUCGCUUCCAGAGCGCAGCCAGAGGCUACCUAGCACGCAAAGCCUUUAUGAAGAAGCAGCAGCAGCUGAGUGCUCUGAGGGUGAUGCAGAGGAACUGUGCUGCUUACCUCAAACUCAGGAACUGGCAGUGGUGGCGGCUGUUCACUAAGGUGAAGCCCCUGCUGCAGGUGACUCGGCAGGAUGAGGAGAUUCAGGUCAGGGAAGCGGAGCUCCAGAAGGCGAAGGACAAGCUCACUCGAGUGGAGCAGGACUACACCGAGCUGGACAGGAAACACGCUCAGCUGGUGGAGGAGAAGGCGGUGCUGGCUGACCAGCUGCAGGCAGAGGCGGAGCUGUUUGCGGAGGCGGAGGAGAUGAGGGCCAGGCUGGCCAGUCGGAAACAGGAGCUGGAGGAAGUGCUGGGCGAGCUGGAGAGUCGAUUGGAGGAGGAGGAGGAGAGGGGCGCGCAGCUGACCAAUGAGAAGAAGAGGAUGCAGCAGAACAUACAGGACCUGGAGGAGCAGUUAGAGGAGGAGGAAAGUGCCCGACAGCGCCUCCUGCUGGAGAAGGUUACCUUGGAGACUAAAGUGAAAAGUCUGGAAACGGACCUGCUGAGUGCAGUGGAGCAGAGAGACCGACUCAGCAAGGAGAAGAAACAAUUUGAGGAGCGUCUGAGUGAGGUGACCGACCAGCUCACUGAGGAAGAGGAGAAAACCAAAAGUCUGAACAAACUCAAGAACAAGCAGGAGGCUGUCAUCGCUGAUUUAGAGGAGCGCCUGAAGCGUGAGGAGCAGGGUCGCUUGGAGCAGGAGAAGUGGAAGAGGAGGAUGGAGAGCGAGUCGGUGGAGGCCCAGGAGCAGCUGUCAGACCUGGGCAUGCUGUCCGCCGAGCUGAGGGGCAGUCUGGCUCAGAAGGAAAAGGAGAUCACCACAUUACAGGGCCGACUGGAAGAAGAGGGUGCUCGCCGUUCUGAAGCUCAGAGGGCACUAAGGGAGGCCAUGUCCCAGGUGUCUGAGCUAAAGGAGGAAGUGGAGAAUGAGCGAGGGAUGAGGGAAAGGGCGGAGAAGCAGAGGCGAGACCUGGGGGAAGAGCUGGAGGCUUUGAGAACUGAGCUGGAGGACACUUUGGACACCACAGCUGCCCAGCAGGAACUAAGGUCUCGUCGUGAGGCAGAGUUGAGCGAGCUUCAGCGAUGUGUUGAAGAGGAGACUCGGCGCCAUGAGGCCCAGCUGUCAGAGCUCAGAGUCAAACACAGCGCUGCCAUAGACAGCCUCCAGGAGCAGCUCGACAACAGCAAGAGGGCACGUCAGUCCCUGGAGAAGGCCAAGACGGUUCUGGAGGAGGAGAGGCAGAAUCUGUCCUCCGAGCUCAAGAGUCUCCAAGCGAGCCGCACGGAGAGCGAGAGAGGUCGUAAGAGGGCCGACAGUCAGCUGCAGGAGCUCAGCGCCCGCCUGACUCAGGCUGACAGAGAGAGGGAGGAGAGGGAGGAGCGAGUGCAUAAGCUACAGUGUGAGAUUGAGUCUCUCUCCAGUAAUUUGUCCUCCUCUGACACCAAAUCCCUCCGGCUCACGAAAGAGGUCAGCAGCCUGGAGAGCCAGCUGCAUGAUGCAAAGGAAUUGCUGCAGGAUGAAACUCGUCAGAAGAUGGCUCUGGCCUCGAGGGUGCGAGCGCUGGAGGAGGAGAAGAAUGGACUGAUGGAGAGACUCGAGGAGGAGGAGGAAAGAGCCAAAGAGUUGACCCGGCAGAUCCAGACUCACACUCAGCAGUUGGCAGAGGUUCGUAAGCAGUCGGAGGAGGUGAACACCGCGGUGGAAGCCGGAGAGGAGACACGCAGGAAACUUCAGCGAGAACUGGACAGCGCCGUCCAAAGGGAGCGCCAGAAGGAGGAGGAAAAGGAGAGAGUGGAGAGGCAGAGGGAACGUCUGAGGGAGGAGAUAGAGGACAUGACGCUGGCCCUGCAGAGAGAAAGGCAAAACUGCACAGCCCUGGAGAAGAGGCAGAAGAAGUUCGACCAGUGUCUGGCAGAGGAAAAGGCGGUGAGCACUCGGCUGGCAGAGGAGAGGGACAGAGCAGAAGCAGAUAGCCGAGAGAAGGAGACAAGAUAUCUGGCACUUUCCCGAGCCCUGCAGGAGGCCCAGGACCAGAGGGAAGAGCUGGAGAGGGCGAACAAGCAGCUCCGUGCGGAAAUGGAACAGCUUGUAAACCAGCAGGAUGAUGUCGGGAAGAACGUUCACGAGCUGGAGCGGACCCGGAGGAGCUUAGAAACAGAAGCCCAGAACCUGCGAGUUCAGACUCAGGAGCUGGAGGAGGAGCUGUCGGAGGCGGAGAACUCGAGGCUGAGGCUGGAGGUCACCUUGCAGGCGCUCAAGGCUCAGUUUGAGAGGGAGAUCAGCACCAGCGAGGAGAAGGGAGAGGAGAAGAGGAGGGCGCUCAGCAAACAGGUGAGGGAGCUGGAGAUCCAACUGGAGGAGGAGAGGAGUCAGCGGUCUCAGGCUGUGUCCUCCAAGAAGCAGCUGGACGCAGAGCUGCAGGAAGCCGAGGCCCAGGUGGAGACAGCCAGCCGUGGCAAAGAGGAGGCUGUGAAGCAGCUACGGAGGCUGCAGGGUCAGAUGAAAGAAGUUCUUCGCGAGCUGGAUGAGACCAAGUUGACUCGGGACGAGGUGAUCGUCCAGUCGAAAGACAGCGAGAAGAAAAUCCAAACCUUGGAGGCAGAAGUCCUGCAACUCUCUGAGGAGCUGUCUGUAUCAGAGAGACAGAAGAGACAGGCUCAGCAGGAAAGAGACGAGAUGGCAGACGAGAUGGUCAACAGCAGUUCUGGAAAAACUGCCCUAUGUGAGGAGAAGCGGAGGUUAGAGGCUCGGGUGAGUCAGCUGGAAGAGGAGCUGGAGGAGGAGCAGACCAACUCUGAACUGCUGGCAGAGAGACAGAGGAAGACAGGUCUACAGGUGGAGACUCUGACCGUGCAGCUGCAGGGAGAGAGGACACUGGCCCAGAAGGCCGAGGCGGCUCGGGAGCAGCUGGAGAGGCAGAACAAGGAGCUGAAGACACGGCUGGGGGAGAUGGAAGGCGCCGUGAGGGGCAAACACAGGCUCAGCGUCGCCGCCCUCGAGGCCAAGAUAGAGUCAAUGGAGGAGCAGCUGGAACAGGAGAGACAGGAACGAGCGAUUGCCAACAAACUGGUGCGAAAGACAGAGAAGAAACUGAAGGAGGUGGUGAUGCAGGCAGAGGAUGAGAGGAGACAUGCAGACCAGUACAGAGAACAGCUGGAUAAAUCGAUGGUCCGACUGAAGCAACUGAAGAGGCAGCUGGAGGAGGUGGAGGAGGAGAACUCUCGCUCCAAUGCCCAGAAGAGGAAGCUGCAGAGAGAGCUGGAGGAGCUCACCGACAGCAGUCAGACUAUGACACGAGAGAUCACCUCCCUCCGCAGCCAGCUCAGCGUCCCUGAAUGGAGACCAGAUAAGCGUGCUCCAUUGCCCCUGGCAAUGCGUGGACGCAGAGCGUUGGUCGAUGACCUCUCGUUGGAGAACUCUGACUCUGAGGAGCCCCCAGCCUCUCCGACUCCCUCCUCUGGACUCCCGGGGACUCCGACUCCCUCCUCUGAACACAGUCUGGACCCUCCACCUCCCUACAGCGUCAACAAUACAGAGUGACGCACACAUAGCCUCAGUUACACACAUAACAUGUACACACACGCACAUGCACACAUACAUACACACCCUACUUAAUCACACACUCACGGCCUGGACUACUCAGGGGUGAAGGAGUGACAUGCACACACUACAAAACAGCACUGUAGUUUAUAAAAGUGAACAAAUAAAGUCAUAUAGGAUACAUACAUCAGGCGCUAUAACUAUAAAACAACAAAUAUAUUGAUGCUUUUCAAGAUUCUGCCUCAUUUU